AUGGCAGCUUUCAACCUCAGCCCCUCUGACACGUCAACAUUCAUCCUAAGAGGCAUCCCUGGCCUGGAACAUGCUCACGUCUGGAUUUCCAUCCCUUUUGCUACUUGCUACAUUUUCUGCCUGCUGGGGAAUUUGUCCAUUCUGUUUGUGGUAGGCAAAGAGCAGACUAUGCACCAGCCGAUGUACCUGCUGCUCUGCAUGCUGGCGCUCACAGACAUCACCAUCUCUACCUGUGUUGUGCCAAAUGCCCUGGGUAUAUUUUGGUUCAAUUUGAAAGUCAUCACAGUGAGUGGCUGCUUGACCCAAAUUACCUUCCUUAGUGCGGCUGUCAUAACACAAUCAGCCAUCCUUGUGACAAUGGCCUUCGAUCGCUACGUGGCCAUAUGUAACCCACUGAGAUACGCCACCAUCCUCAGCAACACACGAAUAGCUACGCUAGGGCUGGUCAGUUUAAUAAGAGGGAUUCUCUGGGUGCUACCUCUACCUCUGAUGCUGAGCAAACUGUCAUUCUGUGGCAACCGCAUCAUCUCCCAUACAACCUGUCAGUCGAUUCCUGUGGCAAAAAUUUUAUGUGGGGACCUCACAUUCUACCGGCUCUAUGGCUUGGUGAUGACACUUAUAUUUAUGGGGUUAGACCUGACGCUCAUCGUCCUGUCCUACUAUCUGAUCAUCAGGGCCGUUCUAAGAAUCUCCUCCCAGGAGGCCCACCAGAAAGCCCUCAAAACCUGCACUGCCCACAUUGGUGUGAUGCUGACGUCUUACACUCCCUACCUUUUCUCCAUUAUGACAAUUCGGUUUGGUGAGAGCAUUGCGCCUCAUGUUCAAAUCUUACUGGCCAAUACCUAUAUCCUUGUGCCCACCAUGCUGAACCCAAUCAUUUAUGGAGUCAAAACCAAAGAGCUUCGUGACAAAAUGAGGAAACAUGCUGAACCCAAUCAUUUACGGAGUCAAAACCAAAGAACUUCGUGA